GAUCAAGAUCCAUGACAAUUCAUGAUCUGCUCGAGGAGAAAUCCCUAUUGUUGGAGCUAACCAAAGAUCCUAGUGAGAGCGAUAGUUACCCUGAUUCAAAUCCAAUCGGCAGCCGGUUCUAGAUUGUUGUAUCAAGCCUACGUUUACAGCAUCCUCCCUUUACCAGGAUACGACGAGUUGGACUGCCACCAUUCACACAUUUUCAUGAGAUUCCACCAGACAAGUCUAACAGUAUGCUCUCGAUACCAUAAAUAUGUCAAAGCGAUUUCGCCCUCCAUGGAUACUAUCGAAUUCCCUUUCGAGGGACCAGUGACUAGGGCGGGUGCUGGUCAUUUCAACCAAAGUUGCAGCAGUCUCAAUCAAGAGCGUAUGUUUUCUACAGGUUUUCCCAGGAGAGUAACUAUUCCAGGAGGGGGAUUAUUGCGUGAGUCAGCAGAUUAUCUUGAAGUCUUGCUGAAGCUGAGUGUUGAAGAAUCUGGGAAGAAGUUUCAAGUCUCGAGUCGGAGCAAAGGAAAAGGGAACAGGAGAGGAAGAAAAAAAAAGAUUGCGUUAUGAUUAUUGAGCAUCCCCUUCCAAGACCCGGACAUUGCAGCGCAGGCAAAGCGAGGCCAUAAGGCACUAGAAGGGUAUUAUUAAAUCCAUACGGGUUUUCGCACUCGCACUGUCGGCAAGCUACUCUUAACGGAGUAAUCUGUCAAGGUGGUUGAAAGUGUGCACAAUCCUCGGCUUUCCUGUGGCCAAUUUAUCAAUAACUAUCUCUUGGCCCGGCUGGCAGUGGGUAUUGCCGGGGGGGAUUAAUAGAGAAAUAUACAGAGUAAAUCGGAGUUCUUCCUUGAGACCUCAUGGGACGGAGAUAGAGGGAGAGAAGGACAUAGGGUUCAUAUAUGUAUAUUUUAUAUAUGUAUUUAUAUAUAUAUAUAUAUAUAUAUAACACACAGUUCCAAGUUCCUGGCAGGAUAAAUAUAGGUAACCUUUUUGAAGUCAGAGUCGCAUCCAAUAAACUCGCUGCCCAACCACGUCACCUAGCAGCGCCACCGUUGAAUCUUGCAGCAUUUUCUUCAAUUUCCAUCUGCCCCUCAUUUGUUAUUUCUCAGAUGUUUGUUGUUGACUUCUCUCAACCUCAACCUCAACCUCAACCUCAACCUCAACCUUCAACCACACCUCUAUUUUAUUCGUUCUUCAAAAUCACCACAUCUAAUCCUGACAUUAUCCCUCGCUUUCUAUUCCAUUUUUCUCUUGAUAUCUCAGCUGCCUAGCCCGGACCCUCUGGACUGGACUUCCCUGGAUUGUCGUCUGAACGCCCUCCUCUCCUGGAUUCUAGCCGCCACAAUCUCUCUCUAACCGCUGGACAUCAAGGACUCGGUGGAAUCCCGCCAGUUUAGAUAUAACUACGAUAAUUAGCUAGCUUAGGUGUUAUCAUAGUCUCAAAAAGAAACAAGAUACAAGAUACAAGAUACAGAUUUCUACUUCGCUACCAGUCAUCUUCUCUAUCUCCAUCCUUCCAUCCCUCCAUAUUCCAUCCCUUCCGCCCCCCUCUUGAAAAAGAAGGGAGAGAAAUCGUUUUUUCUCAUCUCUUAGAUACCUCCCCUUUAUUUACUCUGGAAGAACAAAAGAACAAAAGGGGCACCUCAGGCAGAAUAGAAACUAUGUCUUCUUCAGUGCUUCAUCACUGUACUUACUGCGGUCACGAUUCCGAGAUCUCAAAUUCCCUGGCUGCCUUCGCUGAAAACCCCUACUGCCGUCAGUGUGGCCUAUCCGCUGCGGAGGGCGAUUCCAAAAUGCAAGACGACCUAGCCAUCCUCUUUGCCCGGCAGAUGAGUGUGGCGGGUAUCUCCAACCCAAAUCAAAACACCGCAAGCCCUCCUCAAUCAAUGGUACCUGCAGUUAUACCCCCGACCCCUGAUAUGUCCCCCUCACCCCCUUCUACCCCCUCCACCUCCAUUCCCCGCCCAAAUAGCCCUACAGCAUAUCUCAAGCACUACCAUCACUCCCGCCCACCAGCUCCCCGGCACGGGAGCAUGGUCAACGACGCUUUUCCGCCACCCCUGCACGCGAUGCAGCAGGCAGGAAUCCUCAGCAGAAGAAAUGCUAUUCCAACACAACGUGGACCCACCGCCCUCUUCCCAUCUCAGCUGACCCUCUUCACGCAAGCAGACGUGGACCAGAAGUCGCGCCUGAUCGAACUAUGGCAGAUUUCACGGCCGAGUGCUGGCAAAGGGAGUCAAAUGUCAACUUCGUCCCUGCCGUCUAACAUGCACUUUUCUUCCCAGGACGCCAUGGCCACCGACGUGGAUAGUAUGGAUCGAGAUACGCGGAGUGCAACCGGAGUCGAUCACAACCAACAUGAACACGCAGAACCAUACGUUAUGUCUGGCUACGAGGCCCUCGCACAGCGCGAAUAUAACGCAUCAGCCGCCAGGGAUGCGUGCGAACAGGCGUUCGCGAUGGCAUCGCAAUUUUCUGUUGCUGGUGCUGCUGCCGGUGCUGCUGCUGCUGGGACACCGGCACUCUCGUCGUACAAACCGGCCGUUGACCCGGUGUACAAAGGGCAUGAUUGGUGGGGUCAUCACGACCAGCAGGGUCAGCAGCAGGGACACGGACAAGGUGUGUCAGAGGCAGAGUCGCUACUGCAGCCGAUGGAGAAUCAGUACGGCGCGUUCGAGCAGCGGAGUAAUACCAUGUAUAUGGGUUGUGGGAUUAGGCGGGCGCAUUGGCUGGAUGAGCAGGAGAUGCUAUAGCUAGUUGUUUAGUUAUCUAAUUAGGUAAGUUGGUUAGUUAGGUAGAUAAUGUCUCCUCUCUUCUGAAUAUAGUGUUUAUUUUGCUGAUCGAAAGGGACUUGAGGUUUGAUUGAAAAGAAAUUAGUUAGGGCUUUUUGCUUCUUUGGGACAUAAACGGCGUUUGAAACACUCCCCUCCCCCCUUUUUUCUCUCAAAUUGUCUCAAGUUCGAUCCUCCACACGGGUUAUAGGGACAAUUUUGAAUUGCAGAUUGAUUGCUUGUGUUUAGGACGCAAUUUUUAUCGCUCUAGUCGCGGUGAUAGGUUUCAGUUCUUUUUUCCUUUGUUCGCAGGGAUAUCCCAAUAUUGCCUUACAAUCGAUGCUCAGCUUCAAUUUACUAUUGUCUUCCAAUCCGUUCAUUACAACCCCUUAACAUACACUUUACUUAAUUUCCUUAACUGUUUUCCCCUAAUUCAUCCUUAUUGUUUCCCCCUUUUCGUUAUUAUAUUUUCCCCUUUUAUUUGCUCCUUUUCUACUGUCCCGGCUCAUACCAAUGCCAAAGACGCUUUUACUUCCAACAUAUAGAUAGGAUCAUUCCAUUUCCUCGCUCUAUCUCUCUCGCUCUAUCUCUCUUUCUAUCAUAUUUCCAAUAUGAAACUCGGGGAACUAGAAUGAUAAAAAUGGGAAAAACAUAAAUUUCACGAAGGAAGUGUGGAUCAAAUCUCCUAUCUCCAAUCUAUCACUCCGUUCAUCUCAUCUCAUAUUAGAAGAAUACGACAUCAAGCCCUCCAAAUGUCAAUGAAGAACUUGAUUUUUACGCCCUAGGAACCGGAUAGAUAGUUCUGCAGCACAAAAUAAGACCCAACCAAAACACCCCAGUCA